AUGCGCCCCAUUGCACUUCUUCUAUCAACUGUGCUCCUUUAUUAUAAUACUCAGGUACAGUACACCUCCUACAGUACUCCUACAGUAGUACUAACUGCUUGCCUAUACUAAUUACUAACCAUUUUUUAAAGGCGCAAGAGGAUUCGGAAGUGAUUGUUGAAACGCGGCUGGGAAAUGUGAGAGGUGUCGAGCAGCAGCAUGGACAACAAAGAGUUCGAUCUUAUUUGGGGUGAGUUUCGGGGGGUACUGUAGAUUACUGUAGAGCCGGAAAUUUGCGGUUUUUUGAGACCAAACAUGACUAGGGUUACUGUAGGUUUUAUACCGGAAAUUUGCGGUUUUUUGAGAUCAAAUAUGACUAGGGUUACUGUAAAUUUCGGGGUCAAUUUUCUGGGAAUUUUUGGGCUUCAGUAAUCCUGGCAGGGAGUACUGUAGAGCUCGGAAAUUUUCGGAUUUUUUGAUACCAAAUAUGCCUAGGGUUACUGUAGAUUUUAUGCCGGAAAUUUGAACCAUUUUGACAUCAAAUAUGACUAGGGUUACUGUAGAUUUUGGGGCCAAUUUUCUCGGAUUUUUUGAGGAUACUGUAGAAUUACUGUAAAGCCGGAAAUUUUGAGCGUUUUUAGAUCAAAUAUGACUAGGGUUACUGUAGAUUUUGGGGCCAAAAACCUACAGUAACCCUAGGCUUGUUUGGUCUCAAAAAGAUCCAAAUUAUGUUCUGGCGCCAAAAAAAAAUUCAAAUUUUUAUUUUUGCAGAGUUCCCUUCGCCGAGCCACCCACCGGCUCGCAGCGCUUCAAAAUCCCGCAACCCAAAAAAUCGUGGGCUCGCUCGUCGGGCACCAUAAAUGCCACCCAAUUGUCGCCAGCCUGCUAUCAAGGUCGCGAUGGAUAUGGAGACGCUGUUGGCGGAUUUUGGGGAAGUGAUAUGUGGAAUGCGAACACGCCGGUCAGCGAGGAUUGUUUGUAUUUGAAUAUUUGGGCGCCAGCUGGAGCAAAGUGAGUUUUUUGAGAGCCCAGGAAAUUUGGAGCAUUUUGAUACCCCACAAGCAUAGGGUUACUGUAGCUACUGAAAAUUUGGAGCAUUUUGAGACUAAAUAUGCAUGAGGUCUUGUAGCGAAUUUGUUACAGUAACCUGGAUUUUUGGCCGCGUAAAUUUUUAUUUUCAAAAAAAAAAUAUUGACGUGGAUUUUUGCGAAAAAUUGCGAAUUAAAAAAAUUGAAUUUUGGCUCAUUUUUCAUAGAAAAACAUGGGAAUUUCAGAGUUUUUUCAGAAAAAAACCUGAAAUUAGGUCUAAGUCCAGGCUUAUUUGGGCUCAUUUUGAGCCAACUUUCGGGGUGAAUCUGAAAAUUUAGUUAAAAAUUUCAGAAUCUUCGGAUUCAGCUUAGAAAUUGGAACAAAAUAAGUCCAAACAAGCCUAGGUUCAGAAAAAGGCCUGUAAUUAGGUCUAAGCCUAAGCCUAGGCUUAUUCGGGCUCAUUUGAAGCCAAAUUUCGAGCUAAACCUCAUAAUUUAGUUCAAAAUUUCAGAAUCUUCGGAUUCGGCUCAGAAUUUGGGGCAAAAUAAGCCUAAACAAGCCUAGGCUCAGAAAAAGGCCUGAAAUUAGGUCUGAGCCUAGGCCUAGGCUUAUUCGGGCUCAUUUUAAGCCAAAUUUCGAGCUGAAUCUGAAAAUUUAGUUAAAAAUUUCAGAAUCUUCAGAUUCAGCUUAGAAUUUGGGUCAAAAUGAGUCCAAACAAGCCUAGGUUCAGAAAAAGGCCUGAAAUUAGGUCUAUGCUGAAGACUAGGCUUAUUCGGGCUCAUUUGAAGCCAAAUUUCGAGCUAAACCUCACAAUUUAGUUCAAAAUUUCAGAAUCUUCGGAUUCGGCUCAGAAUUUGGGGCAAAAUAAGCCUAAACAAGCCUAGGUUCAGAAAAAGGCCUGUAAUUAGGUCUAAGCCUAAGCCUAGGCUUAUUCGGGCUCAUUUUGAGCCAAAUUUCACGCCAAAUCUGAAAAAGGUCAAAAUGAGAUUUUUUCCAGAAAUCUCACAGUCCUUGUCUGGUUGUUCGGAGGUGGUUUCUACUCGGGUUCGCCAUCACUAGGCUUAUACGAUGGAAAAGAGUUGGCGACACGUGGAAAUGUGAUUGUAGUCAAUAUCAAUUAUCGUGUUGGACCUUUUGGAUAUUUAUAUUUGGGACACGAAGAUGUGCCCGGAAAUAUGGGAAUGUUGGAUCAACAGCUGGCGUUGUACUGGAUUCGCGAUCAUAUUUUCACGUUUGGCGGUGAUCCGGGGAGUAUUACUUUGGUGGGAGAAAGUGCGGGAGCCGCGUCGAUUGUGGCACAUUUGAUUGCGCCGGCGUCGAGAGGGUAGGUUUCUGAGCAAAUUUGGAGCAUUUUGAGCCCCCACAAAACUAGUUUUUGAGAGAAUUGUGAAAUUUGGAGCAUUUUGAGACCCCACAAGCUGUAUUUUGUGAUUUUCCAUGAAAUUUGGAGCAUUUUGAGCUCUCACACGGCACCUUGAAAGAAAUUUGGCUCAAAAUGAGCCCGAAUAAGCCUACGUUUAGGUUUAGACCUAAUUUCAGGCCUUUUUCUGAGCCUAGGCUUGUUUGGGCUCAUUUUGAGCCAAAUUUCGAGCUGAAUCGGAAGAUUUUGAAAUUUUUAAUUGAAUUUUCAAAUUCGGACCGAAAUUUGGCUUCAAAUGAGCCCGAAUAGGCCUAGGCUCGAAAUUUUCAGCUUUUUCAAGUAUUUCAAGCUUAAAAUCGGAAAUUUUAGAGCAUUUUGAGCCUAUGCUUGUUUAGGCUCAUUUUGAGCCAAAUCUGAAGAUUUUGAAAUAUUCAAGUGAAUUUUCAAAUAUGGCCAGAAAUUGGGCUCAAAAUGAGCCUAAAAUUGGAAAUUUUGGAGCAUUUUGAGCCUAGGCUUGUUUAGGUUCAUUUUAACUCAAAUUUUGAGCUGAAUCCUAAAAUUCUGAGAUUUUUAACUGAAUUUUCAGAAUCAGCUCGAAAUUUGGCUCAAAACGAGCCCGAAUGAGUCUAGGCUUAAGCUCAAACCUAAUUUCAAACCUUUUUCUGAACCUAUUCUUGUUUGGGCUCAUUUUGAGCCAAGUUCUGAGCUGAAUCUGAAAGUUCUGAAAUUUUUAACUAACUUUUGAGAUUUGGCUCAAAAUGAGCCCGAAUAAGUCUAGGCUUGAAAUUUAUAAAGGUUUUCUGGAGCAUUUUGAGAUCUCAAAAGGCUAGGUACAUUUAAAGGAACAUACCGUACUAUUUCCAGCCUCUUCCAAAACGGCAUUCUUCAAUCUGGAAGUCUUGACAAUCGCUGGAGCAUGGAUUCGCCCAAAAGAGCUCUCGAAAAAUCGAAAAACCUGGCAGAUUUGGUGAAUUGCAAUCAAACCGAAAUCAAAUCUCAAAUCGAAUGUCUCAAAAACACACCAGCUCAAGAUUUGAUUGAUCAAAUCUGGAAUGUCGGCCUGAAUUUCCUCGAAUUUCCAUUUGUCAUCACUUCAAAGGAUGCGAAUUUCUUCAAAUAUUUUGAUGGUUUCGAUGCGUUGAGACAUGGCAAUUAUUCGACAGAUGUGAAUCUGAUGUUUGGAAUCAAUCAUGAUGAGGGAAAUUUUUGGAAUAUCUACAAUCUUCCCAGCUAUUUUGAUAGUGUUAAAACGGAGCCGGAAAGACAGAAGAAGCCCAAGUUAUCGCAAGUUGAUUUUCAUGAAUGUGUUAACACGGCAUUCGCAUUCCAACCCGAACUAGUCAGAUCUGCUGCAAAAUACAUCUAUUCGAAUCCGUCUUGCAAAGAUCCGAAUCUGAAGGAGGAGUUCUAUAGCGAGCAGGUGAAUCAGAUGGUUGGCGACUAUUUUUUCACGUGUGACAGUGUUUGGUUGGCGCAUAAUUAUCCGAAAUUGGCUGAGAAGCGGGGAGAUCAAAGCAAAGUUUUUGUCUAUUAUUUUAAUCAACCGUCGAGGUGAGGAUUUUUGGGCUGAAACUGGGCUCAGGGGGCUUUUGAGGAGUAUUUUGAGUAAAAUGUUUGGAUUUUUGGACGAAAACUAGGCUAGCGCGCUUCUACGGGGUCUGGAGAUGAUUUUGAGGCAAAAUUAGGCUUCCGAAGGGCCUGGGGAGUGUUUUGAGCCAAAAUUUCAAGAAAAACUAGGUUUACGGGCUUUCUGGAGAUGAUUUUUAAUCAAAAUUUUGGAUUUUUUUCACGAAAACUGGGCUUUAAGGCUUUUGAAGAUGAUUUUGAACCAUAAAUCGACAUUUUUUGGUUAAAACUAGGCUUUCAGGCUUCCCAAGGGACUGAGGAGUAUUUUGAGCCAAAAUUUCAACAAAACAAGGCUAGCGGGCUUCCGAUAGGCCUUUUGAGCGCAAAAUCGAGGUUUUUGGGUCGAAACCAGAUUUACGGGCUUCCGAAGGGCCUGGAGAUGAUUUUGAGCCAGGAAUUCCGAUUUUUUACGGGAUUUGGAGCAUUUUGAGUGCUCGAAAGCUCUAUUUUGCGAAUUUUCGGGGUUCAAACCAAAAUUUGACAUAUUUCACCUCGAGACCAAAUUUUUAUCGAAAUUUUGAAAAAAAUUGGUUAUUUUCAAGCUCCGCAGAAACUUCAAAAGGAAAAAAUGUCCCUUUAAACUGGUCCCGUAGCGAAAAUCUGUAAAUAGUUCAUUUUUGGGCUCAAAAUUAUCACCUGAAGCCUUAAACUUCGUUUUCUACCCUCAAAAACCCUUAAUUUUUUUCAGCGCAAAUCCUUGGCCAAAAUGGACUGGUGUAAUGCACGGCUAUGAAAUCGAAUUCGUUUUCGGUGUUCCGAUUUACAACAAAACUGCCGCCUACACGAAAGCUGAAGUGAAUGUCGCGGAAAAGGUUAUCGAUUGGUGGACGACGUUUGCCGCAACUGGGUAGGUUGAUUUUUGAAAUUGCCACGUCACGGGCUAUCGAUUGAUACCCAUUUUGAUGUGGUUUUGGGAAGAAUUCAGGUCUUGCCACGUGGAGAUUACUGUACCUCCCUUUAAAUAUUCAAUUUUUUUUUCAAAAAAUUUGAAAAUAUUUCAUGUUUGGUAUCAUUCUACUUCAAACUUCAUUUUGAAUCUAAAUAUUUGGGUCUUGCCACGUCGCGAGUACUGUACCUCCCUUACGAAGGGAAUUUUGGCGUGGCGGGACCCGAAAAUGAAAUUUCUUGAAAAUAUGGACUUAGGGGUGUCUAACAAAGCGGAAUUUCGUGGAGAAUUCGAAUAAUGAUGUCUCGCCACGUGGAAAUUACUGUACCUCCCUUUAAAUCGCAAUUUUUCCGCUGCAAGACCCGAUUUUGUAAAAUUUCUCAUAUUUGGUAUCAUUCGAAUCCUAAUUGUUUCCUGAAUUCAAACUUUUAUAAUUUGCCACGUGGCGAGUACUGUAGCUCCCUUUAAUCCGUAUUUUUUUGCAGUGUCCCGACUCUCCGAAACUCUUCUUUGUCUUCGAAAAAAAUCACCUGGGAACAAUACGACGGUGUGAAUCGCACAAAAUGGCUGAACAUUCAAGCUGGCGCGUUCGGAAUGAUUCAAGAGAUCAAAAAAGUCGAAUGUGAUCUUUGGCGCAACGCCAAAGACAUCGAAUACACCAACUACAGUAAGAUUUUUGGAUUGGGCUCAAAAUGAGCCCGAAUAAGCCUAGGCUUAGGAUUAGACCUAAUUUCAGGUCUUUUUCUGAACCUAGGCUUGUUUAGGCUCAAAUUGACCCUAACAUUUUCAAAGUUUUAUCGAUUUUUUCUUGCAGAAAUUGAGCUAACAACUUGCUCAUCUUCCACACUUCUCGGAUUAUCUACAGUACUCCUCUACCUUUUGGAUACGAUAGUUUAG